AUGUCGACAAAGAAGCAAGUAUCGCCAUGGCAGUCAAUACUUGCCGGGGGUGCAGCAGGCGGACUUGUGAGCAUGAUAACGUAUCCGACCGAAUAUCUCAAAACCCGCCAACAGCUUUUCAAAGGCACGGCCCAAAGACCUUCUCCAAUUAAACUCCUCACAACCACGAUCAAAGAGCAUGGAAUUCGAACAUUGUAUACUGGAAGUGGCGUCUUCUGUCUUUCAAAUGCCUCCAAGUCCGCCAUUCGCUUCUUCACAUUUGACAGCGUACGCAAGUUCAUGCCCGUGGACGCCUCUGGAAAGGUGACACCACUAGGUAACAUGUGCGCAGGCCUGAUGGCCGGCGUAGCCGAGGCAGUUGCAGUUGUGACGCCAGGCGAGACCAUCAAGACAAAAAUGAUUGAUGACCGCAGCGGGCCAAAAUUGUACAGAUCGACAGGUCAUGGUAUCGUUUCUAUCGUUGCACGAGACGGAAUAGCAGGUAUAUACCGCGGAGUGAUCCCAGUGACGCUGAAGCAGUCCGCCAAUGCCAUGGUCAGGUUCACAAGCUAUAAUCUGCUUUUGGGUUGGAUGGAGAAGGUGUCGUCGCAGAAGUCGGUCAAUACAAUCGUGGCGGGUGCAAUGGCGGGCAUCGUCACCGUUUAUGCGACUAUGCCUUUUGAUUCAAUCAAGACAAGACUACAGGCUGUUGAUGGGCACCAACGGUACAGAGGCUCUUUUGAUUGUUUGAGAUCUGUGAUAUCCCAGGAGAGCGUUGCGGCCUUGUGGCGUGGAACGACCCCUCGACUUGUUCGGCUUAGUGUUUGUUGUCCCUCCAAUCCAAUCAAGUUGUGGUUCCCAGCUAACUUGCUUGUCGAAAGGUAUCUGGGGCUUUGA